AUGGACUUUACACAGCGGCGGCUUCAUCAAAAGUAUGGAACUCUGGUCAGAAUCGCUCCGAACGAAUGCUCCUGCUCAGAGCCGGAGGCCAUCAAAAAACUGUAUCGCACGCAGAGCCCGCUGGCGAAGACUGAUUUCUACUCGGUAUGGGGGAAUCAAUCUUUCUCAAAAUAUCCCGAUCAUUUCAGUGUCACGGAUGAGAAACUUCAUGCGAAGAGGAGGCGAAUCGUGAACCAUAUAUAUAGCCUCUCGAAUGUGCUACGGUCUGAGGAGUACAUUGACGUGUGUUCAAGACAGUUCUUGAAACAAUUGGAUGGCUUUGCGAAGUCCGGCAGAUCGGUUGACCUGGGAGAAUGGCUCCAAUGGUAUGCUUUCGACGUCAUUGGUGAACUCUAUUUCGGACGGAUGUUCGGAUUUAUGGAGAAGGCCUCCGACUACGGAAAAUACAUUGCCUCUCUCGACACCCUGAUGCCAGUGAUCUGCUUGAGUGGCAUUGCUCCAGCGUACACUCGGCCACUUAUCCUCGCCUCGUCGGUGUUUAGUUCCAAUGUGAGGAAAGCUCUGAAAGCUAUCGACCACAUCGCAGCAGCAGCAAGACAGUGCGUUGCUAAGAGACUCGAAGGCAUUUCGUCCGGUAACCCUAGCCUCCGGCGAGAUAUCCUUCAUCAACUGUUGGAAAUUUCUCAAAAUAAGGCUAAGGAAGUUGAUUUUGGUGUGCACGAAGUCGAGUAUGAAGCAUACGUGGCCUUGUUUGCCGGCUCUGAUACCACAGCCAUUGCUAUGCGUGCCAUCUUCUACUUCCUGUUCAAAUCCCCACAAGCCUAUCAGAAGCUUCAAGCUGAACUGGACGAUGCAGUAGCCAACGGCAAGAUCAGUUCGCCGGUCAAGUAUGCUGAGGCCAUUGAGUUGCCUUUCCUCUGCGCGUGCAUCAAAGAGGGGAUGAGACUACAUCCGAGUGUCGGACUAACCAUGCCCCGCCUUGUACCGCGAGGAGGCUUAGAUCUAGGUGGUUACCAUAUCCCAGAAGGCUAUAGGGUCGGUAUGAACGCGGCCGUGGUUCAGCGUGACCCCCUCAUCUUUGGAAAAAAUCCCGAGGAGUUCAUUCCCGACCGGUGGCUUGAGGGCGACGGCAAAAAUAUGGACCGGUAUAUGCUGAAUUUCGGAGCCGGAACAAGGACUUGUAUUGGAAAGAAUAUCUCGCUCAGUGAAAUACACAAACUGAUUCCCUCGGUUCUACGGCAAUUUGAACUCGAGCUUGUUGACUGUGAGAGUGAGUGGAGGACAGCUGAUUUCUGGUUCAAUAAGCAGACUGGGGUUUAUGUGAAGAUGCAUCUCGCCGUCCUGCUUCAAUGCUUAGCUGCGGGUGUAGCCACCUCAUUGACACUGAAUGGCACCCUCUCUGUUCCCAUAAACUAUACCCACUUGAUAACCCCAAACUAUACCAGUAACGCGUCAACUUACUUCAUCAACACGAAAACUGAUAACAACAAGCUGGAGAAUCUCCUACAGGAAGCCCAGAAUGCGACCUUCAUCUCCUAUAGCUCGGAAUUCACAGAUAUGCUUGGACCGAACCCUGAGGCAGUACUGAUCGAAGAGAGAAAUGACUCAUUUGCUUUUGAGGGGGCAACAUAUGACUGGAGAGGCAAUCAGGUCUGGUUCACAAGUAGUAUUCUUGAUGACAAGCCAACCACGAUUUACCGCAUGAAUCUAACCGACAACACCGUUCAUCAAGUGAAAACAAAUCUUGUCAACCCCAAUGGAGCAUACUACUUUGAAGGUUACGUCUACUUGGUCUAUUUUGGCAAUGUAUCUGUCCAACCAGGCGUCGCACGGGUCAAUGCUGUUACCUACGAGACUGAAAUCCUCGCCAACUCAUGGUUUGGUCUUCCCUUCAACGGGCCUGAUGACAUUACCGUCGUACCGAGUAAUCAUGACGGAAACGGUCUCGCCACGACCCAAAUCUACUUCACCGACAACCUUUAUGGCGGGCUUGUUGAUCGACCAGAUUCAGACUACCAACUACCCAGUGCCAUAUGGCGAUAUACGCCAUCUACUGGUGCUCUUGUUGCUGUUAUACCUCGCUCUGACAUUGUUGGAAGCAAUGGUGUCCAGAUCAAUGCAAAUGGGACAAAACUUUACGUUGGCGAGUAUGAUUCCUUGCCUGCUGGUCAACUGGAUAUCGGUAGCGAUAAUAUGCCUGGGUCGAUGGCAAUCUUCGAAUACGAUCUCGAUAGCCGAGGAUUUCCCAUCAAUAGACGUAUGUUCGGGUUGGCGAGAACGUACGCAGACGGCCUCAAGGUGGAUGACUACGGCCGUGUGUGGACUGGUGAAGGCGAGGGAAUUGUGGUGAGAAACGGCCAAGGAGAAGUGAUCGGGCUCUUCAACCAUCACAUGUUGAUGAGUCAAAAGAUGCAAGGUACCAGUGUCGCCCAGGUAGCUCUGGCAGGCAAUUCGGCAAUCAUUCUUGCAUCGACAAGGCUGUGGAGGAUUGACCUAGCUCAGACCAUUGCGAGCCCUGGUGCGUUCGGAAAUUGA